AUGCCUUCGGUCGAAGAAAUGAGCUCUUCCUUUCAGCCCCAUCUGGAAUGCCCUUCAUGUUAUACCAGGUAAGUGCUAAGCAGAUAUUGCCCGCCUGCAGAACUUGAGCUGAAGCUAGAAGAGCCCAUUACAUAAAUUUAAGGUCAAAUCAUUCAACCCUUUUAAUCUAGCUCGUCGCAUACUCAUGUGAUCAUUACAAUGCUUUUCUCUAGUAAAAGGUGAUAACGACUUAAGUCAGUGUUUUUGAUGCUAAGUAUAAUUAGUGAGGGAGACACAGUCGACGAUGACUGCAUGCGAGGUCCGACUAAUGACUUAAUGACUUCGUUGUUCUCGAGCUCUCAUUUCAUGGAAGAUAGAAUUUCGGUUUGAAAUUUAUGGCAAGUCUGGUAAUGUUUUUCCUUUUUAGCUUCCAGCAGUUUUGUGAGAUGUCUAGGAAAGCUAAUUAAAACGUUAAUGCCCUCAUUUUGGUCUAGAAUACAUGACUAGGAAAGGGUAUGUUUAGACGCGAUCGAUUACAUAAUUGCACGGCCACAAGCACCCGUAACCGUGUUGUAACAUAGUUUUAUUGAUGCAUUUAAAGGUUAGGGUUACGUUUUUUCACCCCAAGAAUAACUUGGAAAAAAAAAAUUUUUUUAAAUAGUAGGAGAUUGUGCCAGUGUUUUUGACAUGCAGGAAACAGCUGAGUUCAUGACACGCAAAAUGACUUAAGUUUGCUGUAAACACAACCCGUCGACUUGUGAUAUUCUGCCAAUACGGUUGUGUAUCUUCUCUAUGUGAUUUGCUUGGUGUUUUUCAAAUCUGUACUGGAUAAGUUACUGGUUCAAAUCCUGUAACUUAUUGAACCUCAGAUGCUAUCAGCCUGUGAAGCAGGUUCUCUGUAACACUUGAUGCAGCAGAUGUUGUUCAAUACGUAUUCAAAAAGAGUCGUGCAAGUGAAAUAUGAAUUUUAUUAGUACCUGCGGGACAGACCCACCAUUGAUAGCCCCUAUAUGCAAGAUGGAAGACCAGGCAGUUUGUGGGUAGCUGAUAUGGACAUCUGGUACUGAUAUAUGCUGAAAAAUUGGAUAGCAUUUUAGGUGCAGUCUGAUUGGCCACUCAAACUCCAAUUGUCCUUUCCUAUUCACUUCUGAGCAAUGAGUGCAGAUUUGUGCCUGAAAGUAUUGUAAUCCCUGCAGGAAUAAAUGUAUUGAAAUCAUCUUUUUGUGUUUCUUUUGUCUCACUGUUUGAGCAUAAACUAGAACAACUAUUUACCUCUGUCAGUGUUGGUGGCUAGCAGUGGAUAUUUACCUCGCCACUUUGCAGCCCAGUAAAUAUCCAGCAAUAUAGCCACAUAUACUUGGGUGAAUAGUUGUUAAUUAACACAGUAAAUUUCAUAAACAUUUUAUGGUUAUUUUACCUGUGUGUAGGCUUGUCCCAGAAAAUGGAGUACUGUGUAGUGGUAUUUACAAUGGCAAAUGUAAAAGCUGCAACAAGGAUGUGGAGUUUUGGUCCGUUCCUACUCCUGUCAAUGAGGUCAGUUUCACACUUAAUGGAACACAGCAUAAAGUUACCAAUCCUGACCCAGGAAUGAGUUUGAAUGAGUGGAUCAGAAAUCAGCCUGGAUUACAAGGUGUGUUGCAAUUAAGUGUACAUGCUGUAAUUAAGGAAUGAGAUCUCAAGUGUUCUGGUCUGUAACAUGGAAUGGUGUCUUAAACUGGAGUUAUUAGUCUUUCAGCAAUAGAUUGAACUUUCUAUUAGUUUAUUAGCAGCAUAACCCUUGUGUGAUGUUGGAGAAUUGAAAAAAAAGUUUGCAAAAUAUGAGCUGUAGGCCAAUUACAGUCUUUUUGUGUAUUAUUCUACAGACAUCUCAAGUAGGUUUUUAUGCCAGGGAAAGCAGCAGAAAGUGAUGUGCAUUGAUUUCAGAGAAUACCAGUCACUGAGUGUAUGUUUUUGCAAAAAGUACUAGUCCCUCCCCCACCAUGACACAGAGCAAUUACAUGUGAUUAUGCGAUUUAUGUUUUGUAUUCUCUCUGUCAAGUGAGCAGACACAAUUAGUUUGUUUGUUUUAUCAUUUUGUUCUAUUAAGGAACAAAGGUGAUGUGUCGUGAAGCUGGCUGUGGUUGUUGUGUGGUGUCAGUCACAAGGCAUGAUCUGAGUGUUAGAAAAGAUGUCACCGUAGCUGUCAACUCUGUAAGAUGACUUCAGAUCUAUGAAUUUCUUUUUGCCAUUUUAAAUUGAGAAUGUGCUACACAUCCCACAUGCCUUUAUGGUUCAUCCUUAGGACACAUACUGACCUCAUGUAUAUAUGCAAGUAAAAAAAUUUGGCGCGUAGAUAAAAGGUUCUGUUAUUAUUUUCUUGCUUCUUUACAAUAGGUUUACAUUGCAUGUUUAUCACACUGUCUGGCUUUGUUAGUUGAACACAACAUUCUUAAUAUAUGUGUUAAUAGAUGUGUCAAUCAAAUUAAUUUUGGUUACAUGAUCACAAGGCUUCUUUGUUGUUUUUUUUCUUUUCAGUGUCUAUUUCCUUUGUGUGGUGUAAAUGGUGGCAAAGUUACAACAAUUGAAGGAAUUGGAAAGUGAGUUACAAAAUAAGUAGUGAGCUUAGCUACUCAACUACACUGUUUAAGUUGUACUUUAUCUGUUGCAUGAUUGUAAACAGAGAGCCUAAGUUUUACACACAGAUGAAACACAUGUACAUGAUGCAAACUUUAAGGUUGUUUUAUACAUGAAGUGUUGUUGGAGAUUUGAACUUUGGACUAAGCUCAUGCUGGUGGCCAGAGAGGAACAAGAAUCUAAUGCCUUUAUAUAGCUACAGAGCUUGAUUACAAGUCCAAUGUUUGAACCUGUUUUUUUCUCCAUCAUUAGUACUAUAAUUUUUGACUUUUACAUUUGGUAGAUGUAUGAUUAUUUUGAAAUUUCACCACUGCUGUAAAACUGUUUGUACAUGAAAUUUAGCUCUUAGUCCAACUCUUUUUGAGAUUUGAUGUUAAUUGUCAUGAAUGCUCUUUUUUAAAAGCCUAUUUUAGUUGAAGGUUGUAAAACCGAAACCAAAGUACUUAUUUCAACGGCCAAUCAGAGAAAAUAAAAAAUAACAAGGAUUCAAUGAAAACUGAGACUGAAAACAAACAAACUCUAAAAAACUUGAGUGAGUGAGGCUAAGUGAGCUGGCUUACUAUUGAUUUUGGUUUUGUAUCUUAUUGGUAUAGGUGUGUGUUUGUAUAAGGUGCAAGUUCCCCUAUAUUGUCAAAAGAUUGUGGUGAGGCAAAACCAAAGGAGCCCUGGAUUAAUCACUCCUAACAUUGAAAAUUGCCCUUCCCUCUUUUUUUUUUAGUCGUUUUGAUGGAUUCAAUCCCAUCCAGGAGAGAUUAGCAGAACAUAAUGGCAGCCAGUGUGGUUAUUGUUCACCAGGAUUUGUUAUGAACAUGUACAGGUUUGUAUUGCAAAUCACAGUGCUGUUACUGAUAUCAGAUGAUCACUGAAAGAAAACUAUGUACUAAGUCUUGUGGCGUAACAAGAAAGAUGAUUUUAAGUAGAUUCAGUUUUGUUAAUCAGUGCCUCUAAGACCAAAGUAAACAAAGGUGACAAAGAUUUAGAAGGAACUCAGUGCUUGUUCCCUGAGAAUUACUUGCCCUUUUGGGACUCCAGUGAGAGUGGUCAUACUGGAAGAUGUCUGUGAAUCUAAGAUAACAUCUCUAUAUGCAUGUAAUUUGCAUGAUUGUGAAACAGUUUCAAGUCAGUGUGGACAAGGUUUCCUGUGCACACCAGGUAAUGUUAAGAAUGUCAUUAUUAAUAGGUACAUCAUUUUGGUGCAUUAAUAUCAAUGGGUUGCCUGUGUCUGUCUCCAAUUCAGUACCUGAGAUUCAUUGAGAUUGGUUUUUUGAAACAUUUCCUCUUUCUACUGAGCAGUUAAAUACUGUUAAUUACUUUCUACACUGAGCAGUUAAAUACUUAAAUUAUGUCAGCAGGGUAUUAAUGGAUAUAACAAGUAUAUUAAUUAACUGUUACUUUCUUUGAUUAGUUUGUUGCAGGAGAAUCCCAGUCCAUCCAAACAACAGAUUGAAGAUAACUUUGAUGGAAAUAUCUGUCGCUGCACAGGUAGACCACUUUUGUGUGUGGAAUACACACAUAUUACAUAUUAAAAAUAAAUGUUCUUAAAAACACUUUUUUUUGAUUGAGUAUUAAGGAAAAUGUUGGCUAGAUAAGGAGACAUACAUGUAUCAGGACUUGUAAAAAAUGGCAACCAUGUUCUGUGAAAAGUGUCUUUGAAUUACUUCUUUCCCCUUCAACCCUUGAGAGUGACCAGCAUCUAAUUUCUCCUUACAGCUUUACUGCUGAAUCAAACAUUUAGGUCAUAAGAAUAAUGGAAAUUGUCAAUAUUAAGAGGAUCAGUAAGACUUGAUUGUUAAACAUUCUCCUUGUCAGUACCACAGGAUAUAUAAAAAGAACAGUGAGGAGAAUCUGUACUCUGAUACUAGGGUGUAAAUGACUAAUGUGCACAUUGAGAACAAAAUACCAAGAACUUUAAAUUCAGAGAAGGAGGUCAGUAGAGAAGCAGUUUGGAGAAUGCUCCAUGCUUAAAAGAGGAAUACAUGAGCUAGAGAUACAUGUAGAGAAGAUGUACAAUCAUUUACUUGAGAGAAUAAAUCAAGUCCUAUUUCAUUUGUCAUUAAUUAUCGGACUAGGUUUCUCUACCUUGCAUUUAAUUUAUCAUCUUGUGAAACAAAUUACUGAUUCAGAACUUGAUUGCAUAUUUUUCUGAAAUUCAGUGUCAUUUUUUUUUUACCAUUUUUUUUUUUUUUAUCGGUUAGGCUACAGACCAAUUUUGGAUGCAAUGAAAACUUUUGCAAAGUCUGAAAAUCCAAUAGACAUUGAGGUAAGAACAAGACUUCAUUUCAAUUACAUUUGACUUGCCCACCAUUGUUUUUCAGUGUGUCCUGACAGGUUUGAGAUUGUUUUCACAGAAUGUUAAGUCAAGGGCUCUUUUUCCAAGUUUAUUGGUCUUUUUUGAAGGCUUCUAUCCAGAGAUGCUGAAAAUAUUUUGUAAUAACCCAGAUGUUCUUAAAAAAGAUUUGUGAGGGUUUUUUCUGUCUUUUUUUGACAUAUUGUAAUGACUUUUAAAUAAAUGUGUUUUGAAGGGGUUAUUUGAGGGGUCAUCAUACAAACCACUCCACUCCUCCUCCAUCAUGGGAAAGGAAGAAUGUUGUGUAGCAGGCCCAAACAAAGACUUAAAAGCAGAUUAUGCUUAUGACACUGGAGAACUACUUUCAUGAACUUCUUAGUGUCAGGUGUCACCAUGAAUAGUAAACCCCAUUAUCUUACCAGAGUUUUCUGCAGCGGAUGAUGUUAAUUAUUUUUUCAUAUACUGACUUUCCUCACCAGGAAAUAACCAAGUGUUCAGGUGUCUGUGGCAAUGGAGGUCUCAAUUGUACAAGGAAAUGUCUCACAACAUCUGUUUAUGAAGUUAGUGGUGUACUUUGGUACUCUCCAACAACACUGACUGAUCUGUACACACUCAUGUCAAAGAACAAAAACAACAAGAUCAGGCUUGUGGCUGGAAAUUCUGGAAAAGGUACACAGUCAUUUUCUUAGCUGUUGACUGUAGAAUGUUUCUUGCAUGUUGUACAAUUUUGUGAAAAUAAAAGCUGUGCAAAUAGUCUUUAUGUUUUCCAGUGACCUCUAAAUUAACCCUUCACACCCUAACAUCAGUAUUCAUAUUCUCCAUACUGUUGUCUGUACAUUUACUAAUGUACUGACAAGGAGAAUUUGUUGAACAAUCAAGAGUUUCUUUAGUUGGUGAUCAUAAUAAUUAAUUCUCAUGACAUUAAUGUGCGACUUAAUGGUGAUGUUGUAAGGAGAACUUAGAUGCCAGUCAUUCUUAGGGGUUAAAGGGUUAAGGGUACAAAUGGUUUUGUUUGUUUCUAUUUUUUAUUUUAAAAUUUAUAAGUUGCAGGGUUGAAAAUGAAUUUUUUCAUUUUUGAACAAAUAGUUAGAGAGAGAAAAGAAAGUUGUUCAUGCGUGAUGCAUAAUUAUAUGGGUUAUAGAAAAUGAAACCAGUUUUCAAAAAAUAUUAACCAAAUCACAUUUUGGUAUUUGCAGGUAUUUACAAAAACGAUGGUCCUUUUGAUGUGAUGAUCGACAUUACAAACAUUGAGAAACUCCACACCAUACCAAGUGUAACUGAGGUACAUUAUUUACUUUAAUAUGAUCUUUUCAAGCUCCAUUAUGAUGCACAUUCCUUUCAUUGCCCACAGGGUAGCUACAGCCACUGAGUGGUUAUAAUUGCUAACCCUUUAACUCCCAGAGGUGAUUUACUUGUAACUUCUCCCUAUAAUAUCCAUACAUUAUUCUCAAAAGGGUGACGAGAAUACUCAAUAUUAUCAGGUAGAAGUUGUUAUCUUGAUCUAACACUAAAUUCCCUUAACCAAUUUACAAGGAAAUGUGUAGAAGCUAGAAGGGAGAAUUAACAAUCAGAUCUUGGGAGUUAAAGAGUUAAUGGUAGGAAGUGAUCAGUGUAGUGCUAAUCUUAACCUUUUGACCCCUAGGAGUUACUAGCAUCUAAUUUUUCCUAAUAAUUUCUUCCCUGAAUCAGAUAUUAUUGUCGCAGGAAUAAAGGAAAUGAUCACCCAUUAAAGGAAUUCUUGAUUAUUAAACAAAUUCACCUGGUCAGCUCCUUAGGAAAUGUAUAAAGAAGAGCAUGGAAAAUAUACGUACUGAUGUUAGGCCGUAAAGGAUUAAUUAAAAGAUGCAUCAGGAACCACAAUUUAGUUAUCCCCAAACCAUCUCAAAGAUAUUAAUGACCAGCCUGUUAACUUGCAGUAGGAAAGACAUUAUAAACUGAAAUAUCUUGUGUACUGUUUGUUUUUCCAGGUACCCAAUGGUGAUCUUGUCAUUGGUGCUGCUGUUUCCCUGAACACUCUCAUAAAUGUGCUGGAUAACCAAGCUGAGGAGAUGUCUGGUUACAAAGUGUUAGCUGAUCAUGUGCGCAAGGUAAUCACACCAACAGAGAUUCUAACCAUUUCAGAUAAAAAUGCCAACUUCUAAGGAUGACAAAGCUUCAACCACAAAGGUCAGGGGGGUUUAGCUUUAAUGAGCAUUCCCCCUUCUACACUCCUAAAAGUCUGCUGUAAUGUUAGGGGCAUAGCCAGCCCAUUGCCCUGUAGGCCCAGGCGUACAACCUCCUGUUUGACUUUUACAGGGUGUAAAGAGAAAUUAGACUUUCUUUACAUUAUACUUGCAAGUUCUCAAAUAACAAAGAAGCAGCAUUUUGUAAUGUUAAUUAGGUUAGCAUCAGGUUAACAUACUUCCAGAUCUCUGAGAAUGCCUAAAAUGAGUCAAUAGCUGGAUAUGCCGGUUGGAAAGACUUUAGUUAGUGUUUUGCCAUAGAAAAAUAAAUGUAGUGAUCAUUAGUUGCAAACAAGUUAUUUAUUUGUGGCUUUCAUUUUUUUUUUAACUUUGUUUUUGCAUCUUUGUAGCUUUUGUUACUAUAAUUGUUAACUAUAGGUAUAUUGUGAGGAAGGUUUUUUCCUGAUCUGAUGAAGUAUUAAUUGUAGCUGAGUGUUAUUCUAAGAGUGCCUUCCAAAGGAUCUCAAUAUUAGUUUAUUUUUUGGUGUUUUGUUUGACCAAUGCCCCUGAAUGUAAUGUACACCUACUUUUAUGUCCAUCUUAUUUAUUACCUUGAAUUCUAGUGGUCCAGUUGUUCACCAGUGUUAAGAAUGAUGCAGUUUAAAAAAAAAGCCCUUAAACAUUAUUUUCCUCUUUUUCUUUCAUUAUUGUAUAUAGGUGGCCAAUGUUCCUGUUCGGAACGUAAGUAAUAUUUUAUUUUGUGUCUAUCAUUUACUGUUACUUCUUUGGUGGUACAUCAGGAACUAACAAUAGUGUUAUAUCCCUAUAAACUGUCAGUCGUCAAUCUCAGUAAUCAGAAUUCCUAACGAAAUGUUGCAUAUCAUUUCUCUUUUCUUUUUUCCCUCUGUUGCUGUUUCCAUCAGCAACCAGCAGACCCAGCAAAGGUGACACAGUGAUUAAACAGAGGUGGAAUUUCAUUAAUUAUUGUUAUUAAAAUACCAAUGACUAGAAACUUCUCAUUGUAGGUUGCCAGUAUUGCUGGGAAUUUGAUGUUAACCCAUGAUCAUCCUGAUUUCCCGUCUGACAUUUUUACCAUCCUUGAGGCUGCUGGUGCAAGGCUGAUUAUUGGUAAGGGCUUUUCCCCCUUUCUCUCAGUGCUUGUGGUUGUUGAUCUGUUACAAAAAAAUUGUUGACACCUCACUAGGUUAUAGAAUUGACAAUUCCCUUUCAUCAACUAAAAAAUGGGUGACAUUUAAUAUUUGGAGAGUGCCAGAUCUUAUGAGGGGAUCAUGAAAGCAAAACUUUAUGCAAUCUAGUCAUGGUUGGACUUUCUUGUGACACAGCAGAAAACUUUGAGAACUACAGAGAACAAAAUUAGUAUUAAAAACUGUUAGUUAUGGUAGUCAACCAGGGGUAAUCUUACUCUUAUUUUUAUCCUAAAUUCAACCAGCUCAUGUAAUUAAGAUUGGCAUGAACAACUGCGAAGUAUCCCACAAUCCAUACAGCAUUUUUAAAAUUUCUAAACUUUCAGUUAAAAGCAAGGGAAGGUAGUUGAAAUAAGCAAUCACAAGUUCUCAACGAAUAUAAAGUAUUCGUUGUUGUUGGUUCACUACAUUGUUAAUUAACCAUGGAAUCACUUUUCAACCUCUCUAUGAUGAAUGUUUAUCACAUUUGAAUAAUUAGACUGAGGAUAAUUUUCUAUGUACCAGUCUGUGGGUACAAAUGUCUUUUGUAACAGUAUUUCUUUACUUGUUGUCAUGUCUGUUUCUGUCAUAUUUGCUGUGAGCUUGUUAUGAAAUGAUAUGUCAACUUUUAUAGCUGACAGUUCAACAGCAAGUGAAACUCAGUAUUCGCUUAUGCAGUUCCUUUCUUUGGAUAUGACUGGCAAGGUAUGUUAACACAUGUAAAAAACUUGUUUUAAUUUGCUUUAAAUAAACCCCACUACAUCCAGAAUUUGUCUUAAUUUUCACCAUUUCAUACAAGUCACAUGAAUGAAAAUUAGUCCUGAAAUUUUAAGGGACCUUUCAAAGAUCAGGUAGACAAGAUGGCAUCUUGAUUUGAACUUCUUUAUUGUAAAUUAGUUACAAAUUUACAAAAGCUAGGUUUUGACUCCUUGUUUACUCGAAGUUGUGCCCCACCCUCCAUUGGAAAUUAAGGUGGGAGGUGAGGACCAGCUCCAGUGGGUACUUGUUAGAAAUUCUUUAUAUAACGUUCAAGGUUGUGGGUGUGGUUGUUUGAUUUUCUUUUUAUUGAUAAGCUUCCAAAAGGAUCAUGGUGACAGGAAUUUUUUUUCCAGUUAUCCUCACAGAACUUAACAUUCUUAGUGAGACCAGAAUUUAUUAAUGACUUUCACCCAUAGUUAGAUGACAUAUACCCUCUUCCUACACUACACCUGAAAAGCUGUGGUUAUAGUUCUGUUUAUUGUAAUGGCAGAACCACAAAUAAUUAUUUUUACUUCUCCAGGUAAUCUUGGCAGUCUUGUUACCUAUAUUUACAAGUGACUACAUCAUUUGCACCUACAAAGUUAUGCCAAGAUCACAGGUAUGAAUAUUGCGUUCGAUACUAAUAAAUGUCUCUUAUCUGCAAAACAUUUUAGUAUCAUGAUUUUUCAAUUUGAUUUCUUUGUACCCUUGUAUAUCUUUUUUCAUCAGCUCCUGUGUUUUAAUUUUGCAUGCAGAUGAUACAUGUGUAUCUUGCUGCCUCUCCAUCAAGGCUUUUUGAUACAUGUAUAAAUGAUAAUUAAUGACUUUUAGCAAAUCUAACUUUCAGAAUGCACAUGCUUAUGUGAAUGCUGGGUUUGUAGCAAAAGUUGACAAGAGUACCAUGACUUUAAGUUCUGUCAGGAUUGUCUAUGGUGGAAUUGAGCCUCAUGCAGUAAGUUAAUACAACAUACAAGUGUAAUAUCUUUGAAUAUUUUGAGAAUAUUUAGUAAACAGUGAUGAAAGCUAUUGUAUUAAGUGCAAACUGUUUAGUCAAUGGACCAUUCAAUAGCUUUUGAUCAGUGGAAAAGUAUACUUAAGAAAUCAUUGAUUAGAUUUUUUUUGGUAAAAUUAAGUAAGCCAUUCAAAAAAUGUCUUCAGAUACACUAAAUAUUUGACUUAAGAUGCGGCUGUUUUGAAAAUGACCAGGCAGCAACCUUGGCUCACAUAUAAAACCACAAUGGCUGGGUUAAAACUGCUUUUGCUUUGCUAAUUGCUGAAAAAAACAAUUUUAUUAUACCUUUUUGCAAAGCUCCUUACUGUUCAAACAGUUAGUUGAGAGAUGAAAACAUUGGUUAACACAGCCAGGUUGCAAACCAAGAUUCAAAAUCAUAAGGUUAAGUUUACAUUCAGUUGAAUUGUAGUAUAGAGAUAUUAGUAGUUUGAGGAGGUUGAUUUUGAACUUUUAUUGCACAGAUGCACCCUUUCAAAACAGAAUCUUUCUUGGUUGGUAAAACACUUACUGAGCAGGCUACUCUUGCAGGUGAUUGCUGAGGUUUUGAGAUAAUCUAGUGCUUAUAUUUGUGUCAAAUAUUACAUCUGAAUCAAGAUAGAUUUUGUUUUCAUAGUAUUUUUGUACCCCUUGGUGUUAUUGUUGAAGUUGAUGUACCACUCACUUAAACUCACUAUAUAUAUAUAUAAUUAUGGUCAUUAAUACAUGUAUAUACCACUCAGGUGACUAGUGCUUUUAGUGUGUGCUGACUGGCUAAUUUACUCUUUGCCUUCGUCUUGAUGAACAAUUGUUGACUACACUGAUCAUGCAAACACAAAGUUUGAGAAUGAAUUUCUUAACCUAAUAAUGACAUUCUCACUGUAGAGAGUCUGCAGGAAAAUGGAUGGGCAUUGAAACUAAGGAGUGGUUAACUUCCUUUUUCACAGUUGUAAAUAAAUGUUUAAAUUUUGACUGAACCUUUUUAAAGGCAAAGUGAUUCUGAUAAGCUCACUUGGAAGAAGUGUACAUUUUGAUCAGUCAAAAUCGCUUUGCAUGAGAGCAUUUGAAAGCCAAUCAGAGAGCCCUAAUCCAUACUGGAAGACUUCGCUAAGCUGUUGUUUAGUCUGGGAGAGUCAGUAAAAUUACUGAUACCCAGUUUUUGUUGUUGUUUUCUUUUCUCAGAGGCUUUGACUACACUCGAAGAGGAGAUUAUCCCUGAUUCCCCUCCUGCAGGUGCAAGCAAGGAAUACCGCAAAUCACUAGCUCUUGGCUUGUUUUACAAGGUAUUAAAAUUUAUAUCUCUGGAACUUUUUUCCUCUCAACACUUCAGCUCAGCUUUCCAAAUUGUAUUCAAGGGCAUAUUUUGGCAUCAUGAACUUCACAUCUUAUUUAAUGACAGUACUCUGUCUGUUAACUUGUUUCAAGGGUGUUUAUGGAGUACAUAUUUACCAUUCUUCAUGGUGACUUGCUGAAUUAACUUACAGAAUAUUGAGUAGGAACCAAAGUCCUAGUCAUUUUGCUCUUUGUUAUAGUUCUAUUUGACAGUUUUGGGUGACAAAGCAUCAGCCAGGGUUAAGUCUGCAGCAGUGCCUUUUAUUCGUCCAGUAUCAUCUGGCACUCAGGACUAUGACACACAAAAGCAGGAAUACCCAUUGACGAAACCAAUGACUAAACUGGCUGCCAAGCUACAGGUAAGAGUUUUUGCUGUGGGCUGCUGAGCUUGUAAAGUACAAAAUAAAGCAUUGUAUAUUGAAAUGUGUCCAAGUGGCCUACCUCCAGAAAGAGCUCUCAAACAUGCCCUCAUUCAGCAUACCCCCUUCCUGCUUCCAGUGUGUUAUCAGUGUCUCUUUCCUUUUCUCCCUUUGUGGAAAUGUUGAUAACUUCUGUCUUGACAUGAGACACAACACUUCGCAUUGUAAGUGUUGUAGUCCUUUGUAAGUUGAGGUAACUAUUAUACUUGAAUCAAAAUGUGCAUCAUGGAAUUGAGAGGAGAGUUGUGUGCAUUUUUCCUCAGACAUCUGGUGAAGCUCAGUACAUAUCAGACAUUCCCAUGCAAGGUGGUGAACUCCAUGCAGCCUUUGUCAUAAGCACACAGGUAAUCUUGUUUUAGAAGGACUCACACACAUAUGUUUUUUUUUUAUCAAGUUAUUUACUUGAUCUGUGAUGAAAUUGAUAGUAAGGACUCCUUCUCUUACUGUCAGGGUAACUGCUCAGAUGGUGAUGAAUUUCUUGAUAGGGUGUUGAUUACAAAAUCCUGCAGAUACAAGGAAGGUCAUGUACAGGCAAUUACUUUGCCCUGCUCUUGUGACAACUGAAUUUGCAUUUUUUUUCUUGUUGAAUUUUUCAGGGAAACUGUAAGAUUGAUUCCUAUGAUGCAUCAGAGGCUUUGGUAAUAAAGAAGUUAUUGUUAAUUUUUUAUCAUGAUAAAACAACAUACAUUUUUCAUAGUUCUGUUCACCCUUCAUUGUGAAGCCUGGUUUCUUAAUUCUGACAAUAAACAUUCAUUACUGUGAAAAGCAUUUUAUUUUCUAAUUUUAUUUCCCAUAUAAUUUCAUAAUUUACAUUCACAGUGUAAUUGGUUGUGAAGAUCAAUCAAUAACAGACAAAGAAACCUUAAAAAAAACUUUUAAUUAAGGCAUGUUUGUUUAGGUUAACCCUUUAACUCCUGUGAGUGACCAAGACAGAAUUUCUCCCUAAAAAUCCAUACAAUAUCAAGCAGAUAGUGUUGAGAAUAGAGAAAAAUGUCAAUAAGGGAAUUAUUAGCUGAUCCAAUACCAAAUUCUCCAAACUAACAUCAUAAGAAUUGUGUAGCAGACAGUAAGGAGUAUUACUCUUGUGAUCUUGGGAGUGAAAGGGUUAACUUAUAUGCACAAGAGAAACAGGAUGAAUAAUUUGGACAAAAAUGGAUAAAAAAGUUACUUUUAAUAGUGAAAUUUCUAUAUUUGUCUUUAUGGUAAAGAAAACAGCUUGUAGGUCAUAUGUGACGAUUAAAGAAUAGUUUGUGUGCAAGCUCAUUUUCUGAAAUUACUUUAUGAUUGUAACAGAAAAUGCCUGGAGUUGUCAAAUUCAUCACAGCAGCAGAUAUUCCUAAAGGUGGCAUUAACAAUUUCACACCAACAUCUUUUGGUUUAGCAGUUGAAGAGGUAGGUUCUAUAGGUACAUGUAACAGUGUAAUUAUUUUCCUUAGUGUUGGUCACUUAACAUAGAUUGCCUGAUUGUCUGGAUAAAACAGUUUCUUUUUGCUUGCAGAUAUUUAGUGCAGGAAAUGUUUCAUAUGCUGGGCAAGCCUUAGGAGCUAUAAUUGCUGGUUUGUUAAUAGUUGUUAUCAGCUUGCUUAUUUUCUAUAUGUUUAUUAUUGUCACCCAAGACUUAUGCUUUAAGCCAGAGACAUUUAGUGAGGAUGUUAUGAACUGUUUGUGACAACAAUUGAUCAUCAAUGAAGAGUUUUAUCAAUAAGCGAUUUGAAUGCACAAAAGCAUUUUUCCCUCGUCUUAAAGAUGCCUGCACUUCAUCGACCUCAUAUUUCAUUUUCAUUUACUUCCUUUUUAUGGGAUGAAUUUGCACAUUAUAAUUAGUUAAAUUGAAAAAUAUAUUGUUCUUGAUUAAUAUUUUCUUUAGAGGGCAAUCUUGGCAAAUUGACCAGGUGCUACAAAUGACAUCACAGUGCCCAUCUUGUUGUAGUGUUGGUGUUCUGAACCAUCCUUUUCCGAAACAAUAAAAUAAAGCAGUGGUCAUGUUUCUGUUCUCAAAAAUCCUUUUCCUAUUCUGUGCUUGAGUGAAAACAGUAGUCGUUUUUAGUGCUUCUAUGGUUGAUACUUGCAGCUUUUUUAGUGCUGCUUGUCAUAUGACUAAUGAAAUAUUACAUUUCUUAACAUAAUCGACAUGAUAAGUUUCUCUCUUUCCUUCCUUGUGGUGAUUUUUCCAAUGUAAAAUUGCUCCUGUCUUUUUCCACAGUUUUUUUUCUUCUUUGUUUACUGUUUUUUUUACAACAGGUUGUGUCAAUUUGGCUUAUCUCAUGUCUUUCAUCUUCUUCCUACAUUCCUGGAGGGAAUUUAAUUAUCAGUUAGAACUUUCAAGUCCACUUUUAUCCACUUUUGUAAUGAACUCUUCAAACUUUCCUAAAGAAAAAAACCAAAAUUGCCUUUUCAUUGUUAAAAUUGUGGAUCUCGCAGGCUUGUUUGGGCUAAUAUCCAAACACUUCAAGAUUCAUAGAACAAAAUUUGAAAUUGUCUAUCUUUACUGCAGAUACUCAGCGGCAUGCAGAUGAAGCAGCCAAAGCUGUUAAAGUGACAUACAAAGAUCAAGAACCUCCCUUACUCACUAUUGACGAAGCAGUGGCUGCAGAGUCCUUCUUUGAUCCCCAGGCCAAGACAAUUACAAAAGGAGAUGCUGAAAGUAAGUAACAAAUGAAGCCCUGACUUUGAAUAAAAUCACAUGGCUUUUGUCAUGUUGUACAAUAAAACUGCAUUUGAUUUUGGGUCGUGCAUGGUCUUAUCUGUAGAUUGGCCACCAUAAAGAGUUUAAAAGCUGAGGUUUCAAUCUCUCUGACAAGGGCUGACUCAAAACAUAUUCAACUUUUCCAACUCUUUACGGUGGCUAUUUGACGAUAUAACCUUAGUCGAUAAUACUAAAUUACCUUGUUAUACUCUCCUACCGAUGUAGCACCACAGUUUCUUUGGAAACUUACCCCCUUUAUUUACAUCCUAAGUACCUAUGCCUAUGAUAGUUGGGCUGUAUAUGCUGUGUUUAGGAUGGUAGUGACAUCUGACUUCUUGAAAGAUCAUUUAGUUUACUUUGAUGCACCUAGUAAACUGAUAACCUUUGUUCAUUCUGUGAUCAAACUCCAAUAGCUACUCUCUUUUCCUUUACCAGGGAUGAAUUGAGAGUGGAAAUGCAAUUCUGAUUCAUUCUCAAAUUGAUGUUAUUUUCUUUUUCUUGAUUAGCUGCAAUAAAAAAUUCACCACAUGUCAUACAAGGGGUGGUAUCUACUGGACACCAGUACCACUUUCAUAUGGAAACUCAGGUGACCAAUGAAUAAUUUUCUGUUUUGUAUUUCUUGGCAAGAAUACAAAAGGGUUUAUGAAUGGCCACUAGUGGUUUUGCCAGUUCCUCUUUUACAGUCAUGGGACUUCAUACUUUUUAAAAUUAGUUUUCAGUAUUUUAAUGCUCAGUGAAUUUUUCUCUGUAGUAAACAGAAGUCAAAUUUUAAUGCUGGUAACUUAGUGAAAUUGCUGUGAAAAUGAAAUAACAUGUUUCCAUAUUUGUAAGUACAGUUGAUGAGCUUAUCAUACAUAGCAAAACCUUUUUGUCCAUUUUCACUAAACCGCAAAGAGGAUCAGUUCAUGCUUCUGAGAUGAUGUGGAUUAAAAAGGAUUUGGCUCUUAUGUCACUCCCCUUUUGGGAAAGUUAGAAUCAAUGAGAGUUCAGUUUAAAGAUGGUGUUGAUGUGAGCGAUCAAAUUUAUGGUGCAUCAAAAUUAUCAUUUAGCUUUCAUCAUGGGGAGAAAGCUUUGUAACCAGAGAUCUGUCCAGAACUACCCUAUGUAGAGUGAUAUUUGCAUGUUACAGUUAUCUUUCUGCUGCUUGAGUUUGUCCUGCAACAAGUUACUUUUGUACGCAACAAAAUAUUCUUUGAUGUUGUUGUCGUUCUUUCUCUUCCAAUAUGCACCGCAUGAUUGGCAGGCUGCACUGUGUGUCCCUGAAGAGGAUGGUAUGACUGUCCAUUGCCCUACGCAGUGGGUAGACCUUACUCAGGCAGCUGUGGCACAGACCCUCAAUUAUCCAGUCCAAAGGUAAAUAAAUACAUGAUGCCUGUAAUAGAGAUGUAUGGAAGAUGAGGAGCAUGGAGAAUAGGGAUAUGGGAGAUAACAAUCUAUGAAGAUAUAUACAUUAUAGGGGAUACAUUUUUGUGGUGAUAGGGAUUUAUGGGAGGUAAGGAUUUAUAGAUGGUAUUUCCUGGAAUAAGCACCCUCCCCCAAACAAGCGCCUCCCCUUGAAUAAGCACCCCACUCCUCCCUUACUUUCUUAAUUAGUAGGUAUACAUGAAAGUAUUUGGAACCCAGUCACCUUGCCACCAGAAAGACUUACCUUCAGCGAGCUCAUCACCAAAGUGUAAUUUAUCUCGCCACCAAGGCAUGUUACCUCGCCUCUAAACACUCAAGACAUCCUUUAGCAAUUAUACUGUGGACUAGCAGUAUUCUAUUUGAUAUCUUUGAUCAGAUCAAGUUGGUGGCUUUUGAUUGUUAUGCACAUUUGACUCACCUUCUGCCAGCUUGAAAAAACUAUUGAGCCUACAGUAUGGCUAUGUAUGGCAUUCUAGACUGAUGGCAAUCCUCACAAGACUUAAGAUCUUACUUAAGAGUCACUGAAAGCUUUGAAUUUAUACCAAAUUAGCUUGCAACCAAAGUGGUGAGUUAGCUGAUAGCCACUUGGUGGUGGCAAGAUUGCCUUGGUGGCAAGAUGAAUGUAAACCACAAGGAAAGUCUGUUUUAUUGUCAGUUUAUUUAUGAUCUUUAAACCUUCAACUACAGUGACAUCGGUACAGGAGAAUAGUUUCUUAGUAAGGGGCCCCCCUCAAUAAAAAACCUUCCUUCCAAUAAAAGCCCUUCCUUUUAAAUAAGCAUCUGGGUGCUGAUAGGUAAGAAUAUGGUAUAGGAGAUAGGCAUAUAUUAGAGGUUAUGAUAAAGAGGGAUAAGGAGAUAUGGAAUGCAAGGUAGUGAUUGUAAUGGAAGAACAACCAGAAUUUUCUAUGUUGUAUUUUUAAGUGUUAAUUUGAGUGUUAAGAGAUGUGGAGGUGCAUAUGGAGCAAGAAUCACUGGAGCCAAUCAUGUUGCUACAGCAUGUGCCAUAGCUGCGUAUGUCACAAAGAGGUAAAACAUUUCAUUUCUUGGCUUUUCCACUAGCUUACGAUUAGAUUCCAAUUACUAAGUACUUGUCAAACGAGAGCGUUAAUACUAUAAAAAGGUAUAACUUGAACAACACCACAAGAUUAUAUUUGUGAAACAUUCUUUUCAAACCAUAGACCUGUUCGGAUGAGGUUGAAUCUUAGUACCAAUAUGGAAAUGGUUGGAGUAAGAGAACCUUACAAAGCAACUUAUAAGGUACAUGUAGUUGGCAGGAUGUUAUUUUCAUGAAUCAAGUAAUUUGAGAAAAAAAAAUUGCAGGUCAUAUGGAUAGCGUCAAUCUGUCUUAGAUUGCAUUAUUUCUGAAGAAACAGUAUGGUUUUCUUGUUAUUUUCACAGUCCUAUCACAUAACUAUGAUCAGAGGUUGAAAUGAAUUUUGUUUCUCUAGCUGAAAUACAAAAGUUACGUAGCAGUCAAAGAGAUAAAAGAAAAUAUUGCAGUCAUUCAAUAACACACUAUAGCUUGGUUUCUCUACAGUUUUGAUUUACAACCAGGCUCUUUGUGGCUUGAAGUGUUCUAACUUACUGUAUAAUUAUACUUAAAUUAGUAGUAGAUUUAGAGGGAUGGUAAAUUUUGAGCUCAGUCAUCUUAGUGAGACAAGUCAGAUAUGAACCUUGAAUACAGGGUGGCUUACUAACAAGUUCCAUUGAGAAAACCAAUCACCCUUGCAGGUUUAAUGUUAUUUAAGUGUGUUACGUUGCCUUGCUUGCAGCUGUGGCUUUCCAGCUCAGUUGGUAUAAGCCCCCAACUACAUGUAGUAUAGGGGGCACGGUUUGAAUCCCGUCAAAGCCUGGAUUUUUUUCGGGCUUAACUUUUCUGCAAUAGGCCAUUGUAUAGUUGUGUACUUAGUUGCCAAGCCUUUGAUUUGGAGUGAGGCUGAAGGUGACCUUGUUGCAAAAGAGACCAGUAUCUAGUUAGCAUGAUAACAAAGUAAUUUGCAUUUAAAAACCAGCAAGGUUGUAUCAUAACAAAGUCACCCUUAGCCUCACUCCUGUUUAAAGGCUUGGCAACCAAGCAUGCAACUGUAAAAUGGACCAUUGCUGAAAUUGCUACUCGAAUUUCAGCCACAGCUUCAAAUUAAAUUUAUGUCUUUAAAAGUUAUAAGCUCCAUUGGCUCAGUGGUAGAGGAUUAGAGUUUGAAAUCUUAAGGUCCUGCCUCACUGACCAAAUCAAUAACAUUCACAUCAGUCUUCCCUUUUUUCUGUGAUUACAGGCGGGUGUGGGAAGUGAUGGCAAGUUGAAUGGCAUUGAUGUUAACUUGUAUGCUGACUGCGGCAGCACACCCAAUGCUAUUGAUGUAGGUACAGCACAAUCCUGGGUUGACAACGGUUAGUGCCAGACUUCAUGCUUUAAUUCUGAAUAUCUGAGUUGAAUUCUUACUUUCAGUUAAUGUAAAUUAGUUGAGAGAAUAUUUUCUUGUAUCAAUUAAUACAAUGCCACUUAGCAGAUGAGUUUAUUCAUCCUCAUUAUUGUCCUGUUGGAUUUUGCAUUAAUCUAAUAGAUUAUCGAUAUCUUUUAAGAAGUCACAUGUUAACACAGUCAAACAAGCCAGUAGCUACUGGAGCAGCAGCUUGAGUGUGACUUGCCAAUAAAUUUGUUAGUCCAAUUAACUUACAUUGAGCACUUCUAGACAACUAGUUUUAGACAACUAGUUUUAGACUUGCUUGAAGGGGUAAGUUGCUAAAGAAACUGUGGUGCUGCAUUUGUGGGAGAGUAUGACAGGUUAAUUUAGUAUUAUCAACUGAGUUGAUAAUGUGGCCCUUUGUCAGAGCGAUUGGUGAAGGGCUAACAUGCAAAAUGUCAGCUUUGAAACUCUUUAUGGUGGCCAAUUAACAUUAUCAUCUCAGUUGGUAAUACUAAAUUACCCCAUUUAGACCUACACAAUUUAGCACAAAAUUUUAUUUUAUCUUUGAGGGGUUUAUCAGAUUUGAUAUUUGGAAUUAGGUUUCCUUGAUAUGUAUAUCCUCAUAAUUGUUUGAAUUAAGUAAGAAUUCUCAUUCAUUCAAAUAGAAUGCUGAUUUGUGACAGAUACUUAUUAAGUGUGUUAUACAUUAUAGCAUACUUUUGUGACAACUGGAAGAUCGUCCCAUAUGCCACUCACACUAACACUGCAAGCAACACAUGGUGUCGUGCACCAGGUAUAUAAAAAUUAAGAAUGGCCAUUGUUCAUGGCAAUGAAAAACUUAUACAAGCCACAAACAAAGGAUCUGCUUUGAUUAAAGAAAAUACACAAAAGCUUGCUUAACAACCUCAAGUAGCCUUUUUUAAUGGUUAUGCCUGUUCUAACUGUAGGCCUCUGGUUAUAUUUCUUCUGAAAUUUAAUUUUUGGUUUCUGUUUUAUUGAAUCUUAUUAACAUGUACAUGGUUAUUUACAUAAACAAUUUAAUUUUUUUUUUUCUUUCUCCAAGCCACGAGAUAAUAUUUUGAAAAUAAAUUCAAAAAUGAAAGAAACUGGUGCCACAUUGUACCCACCCUCUCUUAAAAGGCCACUUCUCUAUAAUAACCACUUUCCUCCCAUACCCUGUGAGGUUUGGGGCUGCUCUCUAACCUGAUUUUAUGAUUAAAAGUUCCAGUUAAAGGAAGUUUUCGAACAGUAACUAGAUAUUUUUUACUUAUUAUAUUUUUUAGCUUCUACACAAGCAGUGUUCAUAAUCGAGACAAUUAUGGAACAUGUUGCUAAAGAACUAAAAAUGACACCAGAGGCUGUGAGAAAAGUGAAUUUAUACAAGAAUGGAGAGGUAUCUUGCAAGCUAUGUUCUUCACUUUUAGCCUCUUAGCAAUGUAAUGUGUUUGUGAAAUUGGUGUUACCAUCAUCUUUCAACUUUAAAAUAACUAACUGUACAUGUACUUAUGCGAUCGUAGGGGGGCUGAGUUUUUGAAGAUUUGCAAAUUAAGCCUUCCAAUAUGUCUUACAUUAUCGUACAAGCAUGUAAUCAAAAUUGUCCCAAUUACAAGUGGUCUAACAAGUAUUAAUUUUACAGAAAACUCAGAUGGGUCAGACGCUGAAAUAUUGUAACUUGGACACCCUGUGGAAAAGUAAGUUGAUCAUAAGGAUCACUUGCGGCUGAGAGACUGAAACAGCAGUUAUCUGAAAUCAUCACUAUUUUUGAACAGAUUGGAAGUGUAUAACACAGUUUAAUAAGGUUUUGUUAAUACUGUGGAUAAAUAUUCUAUAAUUCUUCUUUGUAGUAGCUGAUAGGGACAUGUUUUUUUUUUACUCCACACUUUAGAUAUUCUUGUUUCAAGUGACUUCCAGACUAGAAAAACUGCUAUUGAUACUUUCAACAAGGUACAUAUAUCAGUAAUAGCCUGAGUCUAUCUCAUAUUCUAUAGAUUGCCUUUCAAAUUAUGUGUCAGACUGAAUGAUAAGCAGUUUAUUACGUUGUGUUAUGGAGACAACAUUGAAAGAAUUAUUAUAAUUAUCAUUUUCAAGUCCCUGAUCGCGGAGGUACAUUGUCAUGUAGUUAACUGAGAUUUUAAGUAAAACUUUUUUACCCAAAUGAUCUUUCAUUUUCUUUUGAUGUCUCACCUGUAUUGGUGCUUUUUUGCUUCUCAACCUCUUUAGUUCUGAAAUAGAAUGAUAGUGUUGAGAUAUAUGUAUACUCAAACUUGUGAAUGUCUUUCUUUAAGAAUAAUCGCUGGCGAAAACGUGGAAUCAGUGUUGUCCCUCUCAAAUAUGGUAUAGCGUAUUUUGGUUCCCAGUUUACAGCAAUGAUAUCAAUAUAUCAUGCAGAUGGCACAAUUGCCAUUUCUCAUGGAGGUAUUGAAGUAGGCCAAGGAAUCAACACCAAGGUGAUUUUCUUAUAGUACUGGUCAAACUGUAUCUCAAAUAAGGUAUAGUCAAGGGGAAAAAUCUUGUUUGUAUUCAUAAGUUAUGCUGGUUGAAGUCUCUCUGACUUGGUAAUUAAAAUGCUAGACUCCAGACCAAGAGGUGCAGUAGGGGUUUCAUUUAGUUUUGAAAUAGAUGGGAAAAACUGCAAAGCAAACUGUGUAAAUGGCAGUUUGAUUUGUACUCUUACUAAUGAUGCUAAUUUCAGAGAAAGUUGGUGGUAAUUUUCUCUGGCAUCGACAGGGAAUUUUGCAUACCCUGAUGCAGGUUCACACCCUUGCUUGAGUGCAACUGUGUUGUAUACUUGAGUAAGAUGCUUGACACACUUAACCUUUUACAUCCUAACAUCAGUAUGCCAAUUCUCCAUACUGUUAUCAAAACAUUUCCUGGGGUGCUUACAAUGAGAGUUUGUCUAACAAUUAAGAGCUUCUUAAUUUAGUGAUCAUUUAUUCUUGUGACCUCAAUGUUGGAUUCAGGAUUGAUUUUGUGAGGAGAAAUUAAAUCCUAGACACUCUUAGGAGUUAAAGGGUUGUAUCUCACAGAGCCUGCCUCCCAAUAGUUGAUGGUUGAUAGUUGUCUAGCAAAGAAGACAAAUUGUAGGAGGAGAGGGGCUGGGGUGUUCCUGCAAUCAUGAAGAAUAAGUGGUACUCCAGGUUGUAUGCUGUAGAAAAUCUAAUAAGCCAAAGGAGCAGUGGGGUCAUCAAUGACCCGUAGUUGUGUAGUAUGUUAUAAUGUUCACAAGAUGCUUAUCUUAAUGCAUUUUAUCCUUGCUGCUUCAGGUAGCCCAAGUUGUAGCAUACCAGCUGAAAUGUCCUCUGGAUAAAAUUGCAAUCAAACCCACGUCAGCAUUCAGCAAUCCAAACAGUAAGUUACCCCCCAUGCAUGAAAUUUCCAUUUGAUGCUAUGAUCGACUUCAGGAAUGAUACUUGUUUCACCAGAGUCUUUCACAAUAUCAAUACAUCUCCAUUUUGUAGAAUUAUAACUGAUCUCCUCUUUUUGUUCAUCAUAGUUUUUUUAUUUAUUUCAUUUUGAAGUUCUGGGCUUGUAGUCAGUUAGCCAUUCAAUUGAGAAUUUCCCCUUUGCCCUCUUUCAAAUUUGUACCUUAGUUUAUGAUGGAAAAAAAAGCCAAUUUAUAGAUUAAAGGUAAUUACCCUCAGGUUUUCCAUCACAGGUUUUGUUUGAUUUUUAUGGUUUAGAAUGUUCCAGUUGCAUUCUCAAUGUUAACCUACCUACAGGCAUAUUUAUCCACUUAUUUUUAUUUCUUCAAUGUAGGUGGUGCAACAGGUGGAAGUAUUACUAGUGAAUUGUGUUGUAAGGUAAGUGGCAGAGCAGUCUAGGGCUGAUUUCUUUUCUACCUUCUGAAUAUUCAUUAUAUACCAUGCCUGAUUGUGUUCCCUAAGAGAUUUUACCAAACUGAAGAUGGUCAAACUUGUUUAGAGAGAGAUAAAUACGUUGAAAUUCUUGUCUUGUUUAACUUUAUGAUAAUUCUUGAAAUUGUCAUGUGUACAUGUAGUUCACUUUUGGCAGUUAAAAUAAUGAGGUUCAUAUACCUUAUGUAGUCCAUAGUACAAGAACUGUUUGGAACUGUUCACAGAGGAAUUGUGUAGGUGUCAGGGCUAAAAAAUUCACAGCAUGCAUUAUCAUCAUAUCUCACAAUUUCUUGCUCACAAUUAUUGUUUUUAUUCUUAUUACAAAAUUCUAAUGAUGAGAAAUAAAAAAAAUUAUAAUAAUGAUGAUAAUGGCCAGCCUUAUUAACAGCAACCAAUUUUUUGGUAUUUUUAUCUUUUUUUUAAUUCCAGUCAUUUGUAUAUUUUUUUCCUUUAGACUGUUCUUGGCUGUUGUGAUAUCCUCAACAAAGUAAUUGAUCCUGUGAGGAAGACUAUGCCAUCAGCCUCUUGGGCUGAAAUCAUCGCCAAAUGUUUUGCAAAUGGUGCUGAUUUGUCAGCCAAAUAUAGGUUAGUGAUGCACUGAUAUCUUUAUCCACUUCACAAGAUUUCUGCUUCAUGCUGAUUGAGUAGCAAUAUAGGAAUGCACAAAAUUUUUGAGUCAUAUAUUUUUUAAAAAAAGGGGAAAGUUUCUUUGUAGAAACUGUGAUAAAGUGUCGGUCAAAAAGUUAGGUAAACAAUAGAUUUUUAAAAUUAUUACCAGGUACCAAGCCCCUAGCAGUGAGAUGGUUAAUUACAAUAUUUAUGGGGCAACAUGUGUGGAAGUCGAGGUAGAUGUUCUAACUGGGGAAAGAGAGAUAAUUCGUGCAGACAUACUUGAGGACUGUGGACAAAGGUAAGGUAUUUUCACAUUUGAUAACUACAUUGUACAUACCUUUUCCUUCAGGUAGCACCAGAGAAGGGGUGGUUGUUCAAUAAAUAAUGUUAUAGAACUGAAUGGAGUCCAAUAACUGCAUGGAGUCUGUAAUCGUAUGAGUGAUUAACAAAAUCAGAGGACUGGGAAGCAGGAUCACGAGUACGAUUACAGACAGAAUUGGAUUACAAAGCCCUGUUACCAAUUAAUCAAAACUAUGACAAAAUUUGAGAGAGAAACUAGACAUUGGUUAUACCUUUUCAUAGAACAAAACAACAACAGUUAACUUGGUGUUCUAUCCACUUACACAGGCAUGACAUGUUAACUGUUCCUUUAACUGUCCUAUUAAACUAUCCAAUUACAAACAUGACAUGUACAUUGUCUUAUUAGUACUCAAAUCGGGCUGGAGAUAACCAAUCAUGUUUGAGAAUUUUGUUACAGUUUUGAUUAAGUUUGAUGCUGGGAAGCUCUUUCUAAGGUCCAGCCCUUUACCCUUACGCCAGCUGUGCAGGCAUUCCCCAAUUUCCUCUCAAUGCUUCUUUCUUGCUUUCAAGAAUUUUGUUUCCUUCCUAUUAAAAAAUUGAUGGCCAAUUUUUCAGGGCAAAUUACCAGGUGCAUUUUUGCUGCUGGCUUAUAACCCCUUUAUGAACCAUCUCCUGACAGCCAAGAUACUCCCUUUGUAUACAUACAAGUUAAGAAUGGUACCACUUUUACCAGUGUAAAUAAAGUUAGUAAAAAGUUCAUAUCCUGAUUGAAUUAGAGGCUCUUGAAGAUGUUAUAGUGGUAUUAGACUUGAUUUUUAACCAGAAGGGUGAUUUUUUUUUACUUUUAAAAUUUUUUUUCCUUUUUCAGCAUGAACCCUGAAAUUGAUGUUGGGCAAGUGGAGGGUGCUUUUGUGAUGGGACUGGGUUUGUGGUUGACAGAGAAAUUCAUAUAUGAUACUAAAACUGGACAAAACCUGACAAAUGGAACAUGGGUAAUUAAGUUGGAUUGCAUAAAAUAUGUAAACAUAAAGGUGUGCUUUAAAAGCAGAGAUGCCCUAGGUACCUCUAUAGGUACCUCAUUUGUCGAUCAACUUUUGUGGCAUACAGACCCCUCUAUAUGAGGUGCAGCCAAUCCAAAGCAAUUGAACAGCGCAUGGACUUCUUAGAAGCUGCAAUAAGUUUCUACACUUACAUCACAAUGGAAGAGUUGGUUGAUGUUGUAUCUUCUUCCUUCAAUCAAAACUGUCUUCAUUUGCGGCAAUUAAAUUUGGAAGUUAGAAAUGCUUCCCUUUGCCAUUGCGUAUGAUAUUACCAGGGCAUAAUUUGCAUUUGAGCUGAAACUGAGGGGCAGAGCCAACCUAUUUAUAGCAUGCCUUCAUGGUUAUUUAAUCUUUAAUUAAUUUAAUCUUAUCUUAAAAUUAGCAAAGAUAAAUUAUUUUCUUCAUAAGGUGUCUCCAGAGGUGAAAAAAAUGUUUGUUUUAUUCCAAUUUAAUCAGGGUGAAAUUUUUGCUAGUCAAUUAUUGCACUUCCUUUUCAAAAGCAAGUCUGAUUUUUAUCACAACAAUUUCUUGCUUAAUUUAAAACAUCUGCAAUGACCAGGUUAUGUUCUGGUCAAGUUGUACUGAGAGAACUGGAUCAUGGAAAGGUGGGUUCAUGGUGUUAAGCCAAUUGGUGUGCAACAUGAGAUUUUGCACUCUGAUAAGUUACUUACCAUUCUACUGCAUACAGGAUUAGCUAGUUAACUGUCAUGAAAGAGCAAUUUUCUCAUUUUCCCAUGUGGCAUAUAAAACAUUUGCAGGUUUCAACUUUAGCAUACUUAUGCAAUUAUUACACCAAAAAUUCAGUUUCUUCAAAGUAAAAAAAAAAAACUUAUUUACUUUUAUUUCUGGGCAAUUCCAGGAAUACAAGCCACCAUGUUCCAAGGAUAUACCAAUUGAAUUUAAUGUGACUCUACUGAAGAAUGCUCCUAAUCCACUUGGAAUUCUUAGGUCGAAAGGUGAGUUUGAUGCAAAGGCAACCUUAUUAUUUGAUUAAUGAUGACAACCAUAUAUUUUCAUGAGACUAAAAAUGGUUGAGCAAAAAUUGUCAAUUGUGCACACAAACACUUAUUAAGUACUUUCUCUGAUUUGACAGCAAUACUACAGUAUCUUACUUAAUAACACCCUAAUGAAGAUUGGAAUGCUGUCUUUCGGUUCCAUCCUUGAAGAAUGUGUAGAAUUAUUUAAUAUGAAAAUAGUCAUAAUUUUACUUUGUCAAGGUCAGUAAAUCAUGUAUUUUAAUUUAUAUUCUUGAUUGUAUUGAACCCACAGCUGUGGGAGAGCCACCUUUGUGCAUGUCCUGCGCUUGUCUGUUUGCUGUAAAACAUGCAGUCGAGGAGGCCCGGGCUGAGAUUGGUCAAGGAGCUGAUUACUUCGUAAUGAGUGAGUAUAAACUAGGCUUUUUCACUUCAUGAAACACCACUAGCCAGUUUUUGUUGUAGAGUUUUGAACAAUAGGUGCUUCAGGCAUAUUUAAAACAGGCAUUCAGUUGAUCGAUAGAUUAUGAUUAAUUUGACUUAGUUAAAUAAGUAAGUUAUUAUCUUGUGGUUGUUCAGGAUCUCUUAUUUAAUUCAGGUACACGCUGACUUUAACUAACUUGGACUUAAAUCAAGGAAGAUGAGCAAAGGGGUGAUAGGUGUGCAGACAACAGCAGUGGCAUGAAAGAGAAAUUGACCCUGCAUUAUAUUCCUUGGCCUCCACUUUCUUCACUCAAUUGGUUUUUUGAAUAUCAUUACCAGAUAGACAAAGGUUCUUUAUCAGUCUUGUGUUAGACAGCUAAUGAGCAGCCACAUAGCAAGCCAGUUAGUCCAGAUGUCAAUGGUAGCAGUUAAGUACUUGGAGAUGAGUAUUCAUUCUUAGGAACUUAGAAAUCACUUCAAGUGUUAGUUCAUUGCUAACUUAGUCUACUACUGUAGUGGGAGACGCAAGAGUCUUGUGAAGGCAUUGUGCAAUAGGAAGCAAAAAAUCAAGAUUAGGAACAGAUGCUAAUUAUCUAUUUUAGUUAAUUUUUUCAUUCAUUUUUUUGCCUUCUCUUGCCCUACACCUUCCUGAGACUCAAGCUUUUCCCAAAUGACCAAAAGGAAUUGAAAAAGAUUGCUAGGCAGGCUAUUUUAUUGUUCUUUAUAGUCGCAAGUUCUCCCUGCUUUUGAUCCAGUAUUUGUUUGUUUUGGUUUUUUCAGAUGCACCCUCCAUGGUGGAAGACACACAGCUAGCAUGCCUUGUGGAGCCUAGUCAGUUCAGCUUAUAA